CACCGACCGGACGACCGACCAGUCUCUGCAUCCUCUUGUCAAGCGACCUGCAAAGGCAUCUUCGCGAAGCAGCAAUAAUGAGGGAGAUUCUGCACAUCCAAACCGGGCAAUGCGGGAACCAGAUCGGAGCUAAGUUUUGGGAAGUGAUCAGUGAUGAGCAUGGGAUUGAUCCUACGGGAAGUGCCUGCGGGGACAGCAGCGUUCAGCUGGAAAGGAUCAACGUCUACUAUAAUGAGGCGGCUGGUGACAAGUACGUUCCCCGUGCCAUUCUCGUGGAUCUGGAACCUGGUACCAUGGACUCCGUCAGAUCUGGGCCAUUCGGACAGAUAUUUAGACCAGAUAACUUUGUCUUUGGUCAAAGUGGCGCUGGAAACAACUGGGCUAAAGGCCAUUACACAGAGGGUGCAGAGCUGGUGGACGCUGUACUAGAUGUGGUGAGGAAGGAGUCUGAGAGCUGUGACUGUUUGCAGGGCUUCCAGCUGACACACUCCCUGGGCGGGGGCACGGGCUCGGGGAUGGGAACCCUGCUGAUUAGCAAGAUCCGGGAGGAAUAUCCCGACCGCAUCAUGAACACCUUCAGCGUCAUGCCCUCGCCCAAGGUGUCGGACACAGUGGUGGAACCCUACAACGCCACCUUGUCUGUCCACCAACUGGUGGAGAACACCGACGAGACCUACUGCAUCGACAACGAGGCCCUGUACGACAUCUGCUUCCGCACGCUCAAGCUGACCACCCCCACCUACGGCGACCUCAACCACCUGGUAUCGGCCACCAUGAGCGGCGUCACCACCUGCCUUCGCUUCCCCGGGCAGCUCAACGCCGACCUGCGCAAGCUGGCCGUCAACAUGGUGCCCUUCCCGCGCCUGCACUUCUUCAUGCCGGGCUUCGCGCCGCUCACCAGCCGCGGGAGCCAGAACUACCGUGCCCUCACCGUACCCGAGCUGACGCAGCAGAUGUUCGACGCGAAGAACAUGAUGGCGGCCUGUGACCCACGGCACGGCCGGUACCUGACGGUGGCCGCCGUGUUCCGCGGCCGCAUGUCCAUGAAGGAGGUGGAUGAGCAGAUGCUGAACGUGCAGAACAAGAACAGUAGCCACUUCGUGGAGUGGAUCCCCAACAACGUCAAGACGGCCGUGUGCGACAUCCCGCCCCGCGGCCUCAAAAUGGCGGCCACCUUCAUCGGCAACAGCACCGCCAUCCAGGAGCUCUUCAAGCGCAUCUCGGAACAGUUCACCGCCAUGUUCCGCCGCAAGGCUUUCCUGCACUGGUACACGGGCGAGGGCAUGGACGAGAUGGAGUUCACUGAGGCCGAGAGCAACAUGAACGACUUGGUGUCCGAGUACCAGCAAUACCAGGACGCCACGGCCGAGGAGCAAGGGGAGUUUGAGGAGGAUGAGGAGGACGAGGCAUGAGCAGAGUGCGGCUCGACUCCAGGAGCCACAACCACAAGUUCCAGAAAGAGUUGUGCCUGACGAACCGAACCAUUGAACUCUAAACAAGUGGGCAGUCAUUGAAACCAAGGAGAGAUCUGGUUGAUGUUCUAUUAAGUAACUGCACUGACAAUGGGAUUUCUACUGAAGGUUUGUGUGUGUGUAUACGUACGUUUGUGAGUAGUUUAACCUGGUCUGGAUAAAAGCAGCAGUGCCAUAAGCAUGUUAAAUCCUAAAUAUUUACCCCCUCCCCUCCUCUCUACUUUCCCCUCUUUCCAACAAACAGUAUUACCUGUUUAAAUAGGCUUAAAAGGUAACAAAAAGAACAAAGGUUCUCAUGUAAAUUGUGGUGGCUGGCCACAAUGUGCAGCCAGCGUAGCCUAUCAAACCCCAAUAAGUACAGUACCGCUUGUCACACAGAAGGUGUACCAUGGGUGUGAAGACAACUGACACGUGGAUAUUGAAGGAGUCCUGGGAGGUUUUAACCGCCAGUUGGUUUGUAAAGAAAAUUGAGAUUCUGUUUCUAAACCUGUGUAUCCUCUAAGUGCGAUGAAUUAAUUUUCUCUCCCUCUUGCUGCAACAAGGUAAGAAGGUAUAUAUAUA